AUGUAUAGGAAAACAAUGAGAAACGUUACUUCAAUUUCUCUUCGUCUUCUCAAUCCACGUCUGGCAAUUCAUGAGCACAACAAGAAUUUUGUUAUAGGAUUCACAUUGUUGAAUCUGGGGAACCAUGGGAAAAAGAGUCGUGAUAAGAGACCUGAUGUGGCAGAGGAGAAUAAUAGUAGUGGUGCUAGCACCAGUGCCAGUGCCAGUACUAGUCAUCAUGGAAGAACUUGGAGCAUUCUUAACAUUAUGAAGUAUCAUCAUUGGCCUCAUAACGUCAAGAAAAGGCUCACACACAAGAAGAAUGCUGCUGGAAAAAAUCCUGAUGUUGAUGGUCCAGGUGGAGCUGAUAAUUUGCAGGACUAUGAACCGAACUCAAAUUUAUAUGAAGAAAUGGCCGUACAGUCCACUUCACCAGCCAAACAUUCUGUGAAAGCCAGACUAAAAGCACUUCUUAGUGAUGAGAUAGCCAGAAAGAAGGGUCAGCAUAAAAGAAGUUCAACCUACCCUGCAAAGCCAAGACCACCAAUCAAAGCAGUUUCUAUUCCCAGUUUAGAUCACUCAGAUGUUAAUCUCGUCUCUGAAUCGGUUCCAACAGAAAAUAAUCCUAAAAUGGCUCCACAUACUACUGAGACGUUGGAGAAUUUGCCAUUAGCAUGCUCAACAGCCAAUAAGGAGAUCUGUGUAGAGUGUGGGACCAUGUUUUCUAGUGGUUCAAUGGAGCAUAAUAGUAUGGUUCAUAAACAUCAGAAACCGCCAUCAGAAUAUCACAAAGCAUUGAUGAAGGAAACACUGAGUUGUGAAGAGAAGUCCAUGCAUGCCAAGUUACUCACAACUGACGUGUCACCUUAUCUAUUUAAGGAUUUCUUGGAUGCUCUUGAUAUGAUAAAUUCAAAUAAGAAUUUGCUGUUAAAAUUUCUGCAGCAUCAACAUUCUCCUUUGGCAUGCCAUUUUCCCAACCAACAGGAAUCAGCAAGAAAGAUAAGACUAAAUAAGUCUAUUUCAUUUCCUGUACCUGGCUCGUCGUCAUCAUCAUCCCAAUUUAAAAGACAAAACACAAACAAAUGGCAGAUGAAAUGCUCAAAUCAAGAGAGGUACAAAAUGAUGGUCAAACACAAAAGGGCUAUUAAGCGUUUCAAGGAUCUUAGACAGAAGGUGAAACAUGUUCUUGAAGAGAGCAAAAAUGAGAAACGCCGCAUAGCCAUGGAUGCUGUGUAUGACAAAAUUCCUCAUGGAAAUAAAGUUCCCAUAGAAUUGAAGAGGAAGAUUCCCAAAGUUCCCAUAGAUACUAUUUCACCAAGUGAAUUUGGCAAUUUUAAAAAACGUCAGAUAUCUCCAAUGAGGACUGCAUCUUUGAAUGAAUCAGUUUGGAAAUAUUCUCAGCUUUACGAGACUUGUUUUAACAAAGGAACUAGGUACCCUAAGUCUGAGAGGUUAAAGGCGAAAAUGGAGGAGAAAAAUCCAAUAUUAAGGACCCCAAAAUCCUUUCAAAGGUUUCUUUCACUGCCUAAUCUUAAAGAUUACUUUUCUCAAAAUGAGGAGCCUUCUUCUGUUUUACCUCCCCAGAUUCCAAUUAGGAAAUUUGGAGAGAGAACCGCUAGCCCAAGCACUAGUGUAGAUAACAUUACAACUCCAGAAAUUUCCUACUUCACCAUCUGGUUACGGUUGAAUGGAACAGAAUCACAAAUAAAGCCAUGGCCAACUGAUGGAUUGGAUCAUCUGGCAGAGCAACUUCAAGAGCUUGACAUUGCAGACUAUCAUGAAUUAUAUGUGAAAGAUGUAUUAGAGCUAUCUGGGUUAUCCACAAGUCAUGAAUACCUUAGCACAUGGUUUUCCAACGAGCAACCAGUUGAUCCUACAGUGUAUGAUGAAUUAGAAGGGUGCUUACUAUUUGAUCCUCAAAGUGCUCGUAACGAAGAAACCAGGGCUCAUUGCAACCAUUUGAUUUUGUUUGAUUUAAUCAAUGAGGUAUUGAUUGAGAUUUUUGGGAGAUCAUACAGUUAUUACCCAAAGUCGUUAUCUUCUCUCUGUCAUGUUUACCCAAUACCAGUAGGAGACCAAGUUCUAGGACAAGUGUGGACACUUAUUAAGUGGUAUCUGAACUUGAAUUCAGAGUUUUAUCCAUCUUUGGAUUACUAUGUUAGCAGAGACUUGGCAAGAAGUGAUGGGUGGAUGAAUCUCCAGUUUGAUUCUGAAUGCGUGGGGCUUGAGUUAGAUGACCUUAUUUUCGAUGAUCUUUUGGAUGAGAUCAUCUGCACUUGA